AAAUUCGAGUCCACAGGUAGGCAGUCUGCCACAGUGUCAGAGAAGUCCACACCCUUCACAAACUCUAUCCUAAAGGAUGAGGGCGAUGCAAUGAACGCACAGUCUCACAUACAGAGACACAUCACCAUGAAAGAGCACUAAUAAGCGAAAGCCUUUUAAUCUGUCAUGUUGCGCGUGGCAGUUGAAUCUGCGGCGGAUCUGCCUAAGAAGAAACUGGGCAGUCCAGACCCCAUCGCGUCUUUGGUGUUUAGAGACGAAAAGAAGAAAACAAGGUCGAUUAACAAUGAAGUGAAUCCGGUGUGGAAUGAGACGCUUCAGUUUGAUUUAAAAGGUGUUCCUCUUGAUUCUUCCUCCUACAUUGAUGUGAUUGUGAAAGACUACGAGACUCUCGGCAAGGACAAAUUGAUUGGCUCUGCAAAGGUCUCUUUAAAAGACCUAGCCAGUAGCCAAGUUAAGUCUCUCCCAGUCAAAAACUUGACUCUUGUGGAUGAAAAUGGCAAGAGCAUAGGGGGAACCAUAAGCAUGACGGUUGGAUAUGAGCCACCUGCCGGUGCUGGUGCAAACCCACUUGAUCAACAAGAUGGAAACGUUGGUGGAGACACAGCUGAAGGUGAAGCAGGAGAUGUCCCUGAUGCUGGGUCACGGGGUGCGUUCACAUCCCCUGGCGAGCCUGGCCAGAAACUUCAGCUUAGGUCCAGGAACCGUAAUAACCUGGCUAAUAAGCCUCAGGACUUUCAGAUUCGUGUGCGGGUGAUUGAAGGACGUCAGUUGCCAGGAAAUAACAUCAAACCAGUGGUCAAAGUGCAUGUCUGUGGAGAAACACACAGGACAAGGAUCAGGAAGGGGAAUAACCCUUACUUUGAUGAGAUAUUCUUUUUUAACAUCAACAUGUUGCCAUCUGAACUGUUUGAUGAAGUUAUAAGCUUUCGGGUCUAUAACGCUUCUUCUUUUAGAGCUGACUGUCUCAUGGGUGAAUUCAAGCUUGAUAUUGGCUACAUUUAUGAUGAACAAGCUCACUGUAUCAUGAAGAAAUGGAUUCUCUUGAAUGACCCUGACGACUCAAGCUCAGGAGCAAAGGGUUAUCUCAAAGUUAGCAUGUUUGUGGUGGGAACUGGAGAUGAACCGCCGGUGGAAAAGAAAGAGCAGGACAGUGAUAAGGAUGAUGUGGAGAGUAACCUGCUGCUACCAGCUGGUGUUGCUCUGAGAUGGGUUACGCUUAAACUCAAAGUGUUUCGCGCUGAGGACAUCCCACAGAUGGAUGACUCCAUUACCCAGUCUUUAAAGGAAGCGUUUGGGGGUGAAGGAAACAAGAAAAACCUGGUGGAUCCAUUUGUUGAGGCCUGGUUUGCUGGCAAAAAGCUCUGUACACAAAUAAUUGAGAAAAACGCAAACCCAGAGUGGAACCAACAACUCAAUCUUCAGGUCAAGUUUCCAUCCAUGUGUGAAAGAAUCAAGCUGACUGUGUAUGACUGGGAUCGCCUCACUAGGAAUGACACCGUUGGCACCACAUAUCUGGAUCUGACCAAAAUAGCGUCCUCUGGUGGUGAAAGUGAAGGAGACACUGGAGAAUCUGAGAUGGGCUUCCUGCCUACCUUUGGGCCGUGCUAUAUAAAUCUUUAUGGCAGCCUGAGGGAGUUCUCAGGUUUACCUGACCCAUAUGAUGACCUUAAUUUAGGCAAGGGUGAAGGAGCAGCUUACCGAGGGAGAAUUCUUGUUGAACUCUCUACAAAACUUGAUGGAAAGGCUGACAAAUCUGUGGAAGAAAUAUCAAGCGAUGAUAUCUUAGUAGUUCAAAAAUACCAGCGCAGGAGGAAGUAUUGUCUGUGCGCAGUGUUUCACAGUGCAACUAUGAUCCAAGAACCCGGCGAGCCCAUUCAGUUUGAAGUUAGCAUCGGCAACUAUGGCAACAAGAUGGACCUAACGUGCAAACCUCUGGCUUCAACUACACAGUACAGCUGUGCUGUUUUUGAUGGUAAUAAUUACUACUACCUACCCUGGGGUGACACUAAACCUGUAGUUGCCGUUACUUCUUUUUGGGAGGAUAUCAGUCACCGGUUAGACUCUCUGAAUAUCCUACUGUAUAUAUCUAACCAUUUGCAAACAAACAUCAGUGCUUUAAAGUUUGCAGUGCAGUCCAAAGCUACAGAUGCACGACUUGUAGAAAUCUGGCUAAAGCUCAUCAACCAGUUGAUGGAAGAUAUCAGCAGUUUAAAAAUUCCUGACCUGGAAGGAAAGCCGAAUCUCACAUCACUGGAUAUUCAGAUAAAGAAGUUACGGGAUAAGGCACUGGAGGGCAUCAUGGAAGGGGCCAAACGCUUGUUUGAAGAGGCCACAGAUGUUAAUAAGUGCUUGACUAUCAUUGAAGGCUGGCUUGAGAAACUCAGGCAACUCGCAGAGGAGCCUCAGAACAGCAUGCCUGAUAUCAAUAUCUGGAUGUUGAGAGGAGAGAAGAGGAUAGCGUACACCCGCAUCCCAGCCCAUCAAGUGCUCUUUUCGUCCUACUGUGAGCAGGCAUGUGGUCAAUACUGUGGGAAGACCCAGACUGUCUUUAUGCAGUAUCCAAUGGACAGCAAAAACGGUUUGAAGAUACCGGUUAAGAUACGUGUGAACAUGUGGCUAGGACUGGCAACAGAGGAAAAGAACUUCAAUCAAUAUGCAGAAGGGAUGUUCAAUGUCUUUGCAGAGCUGUAUGAAAAUCAGGCUCAGGUUCUGGGAAAAUGGGGCACCACUGGUCUGCUGAAUCGAAGCAAGUUCUCUGAUGUUACAGGAAAAAUCAAACUGAAGCAUGAGUACUUCAUGCCCCCUGUUGGCUGGGAGUGGGAAGGUGAUUGGAGUGUUGAUCCAGAGAAAGCUCUGCUGACUGAGGCUGAUGCUGGACACACAGAGUUUGUGGAUGAGGUGUAUGAGAAUGAGACUCGAUUCCCAGGAGGAGAAUGGAAGCUGGCGACAGAGACUUACACUGAUGUGAAUGGAGAAAAAGUUCUGGGCCCUAAAGAAAUUGAGUGCCCAUCUGGCUGGACCUGGGAGGAUAACUGGACCUUUGAUGUCAACCGUGCUGUAGAUGAAAGAGGUUGGGAAUAUGGCAUCACCAUUCCACCUGACGAAAAGCCCAAAUCCUGGGUAGCGUGUGAGAAGAUGUACCAUGUUCAUCGUCGCAGAAGAAUGAUCCGACCUCGCAAAAAGAUUCCUGGUGCCAAAACAGCUGAUAAGAAGGAUACAGGAAAUGCAGAGGGAUGGGAAUACUCUUCACUCAUCGGCUGGAAGUUCCACAGACAGCAACGAUCAUCUGACACUUUCCGUCGGCGCCGCUGGAGAAGGAAAAUGGCACCCGCUGGUCGUGUUGGAGCCUCUGCCAUUUUCAAGCUAGAGGGUGCCCUGGGAGUCGACAUGGAAAGUGAAGAAAAAGGGACCAAAGCAGAUUCAUCUGUUAAGCAGUUUGGAGCCAACACACCAAUGAUUUCAUGUACAUUUGACCGAUCCAACGCGUACCAUUUGCGAGUCUAUGUUUACCAGGCCAGAAACCUUACUGCCCUAGACCAAGACAGUUUUUCAGAUCCAUACGUCCAUGUGUCCUUCUUGCAUCACAGCCAAACAACAGAGACGAUCCAAAGCAACUUGAACCCAACAUGGGAUCAAACUCUUAUUUUUAAAAAUGUGGAAAUCUAUGGUGAUCCCCAAUCUCUGGUUCAGAAUUCACCAGUAGUGGUUAUGGAAAUCUUUGACCGUGAUCAAGUGGGUAAAGAUGAAAUGCUUGGAAGAAGUACAUGUGUACCUUUGGUGAAGUUGGCUUCAGGCAUGGAUGGAUCUCCCAAACUUCUCUGGGAGCCUGUAACACACAAAAAUGCUUCGGCUGGGGAGAUUCUGGUAGCUGCAGAGCUGAUUCUAAAGACAAAGGGAAAUGACACUGAACUUCCCCUUGUUCCCCCAAAACGGGGAGAUAGUCUCUAUAUGGUUCCUCAAGGGGUGCGACCAGUAGUGCAGCUCACUGCCAUAGAGGUUCUAGCAUGGGGACUGCGAAACAUGAAGAUGUAUCAGCUGGCUCCAGUGACUUCACCCUGUCUGGUGGUGGAGUGUGGAGGAGAGCGCGUUCAGACAGCGGUCAUCAAAAACAUGAAGAAAUGCCCCAAUUUCCAAGGAAAUGUCCUCUUUUUAAAAGUGCUUCUACCAAAAGAAGAGAUGUAUACUCCACCUAUAGUGCUGAAAGUCAUUGACCAUAGACCUUUUGGACGGAAACCUGUGGUGGGUCAAUGCACCAUCACUUCCCUGGAAGAGUUCCGAUGUGACCCGUAUGUCACAGUUUCUGAAGUUGCCAUGUCUUCAAAAGUGUCUUUGAUGGCAGCUAGUCCAGGACACCUCUCAGUAAACAUUGAUGAUAGCAGACAGCAGCUUCUAGAAGCUCAGCGUGAGAAGGAGAAAGAGACUGUUGAUUGGUGGAGUAAGUUUUAUGCUUCCCUUGGACAAAGUGAGAAAUGCCGUCCAUAUCUUGACAAAGGAUAUGACACACUGGAGGUUUAUGAGCAUGAGCUUGAAAAUGUGAAGGAGUUCAUGGGUCUUACUGAUUUCUGCAAAACCUUCAAAUUGCAACGUGGGAAAAAUGAAAUCGAUGAUGAGGACCCCAAUGUUGUUGGAGAAUUUAAGGGCUCUUUUAUGGUCUACCCAUUGCCUGAUGACCCAACGGUGUUGGCUCCACCACGUCAGUUUAGAGAGCUGCCCGACAGCGUCUCUCAGGAGUGUGUGGUCAGAAUCUACGUGGUUCAAGGCAUCGACCUGCAACCCAAAGACAACAAUGGCAAAUGUGAUCCCUACAUCAAAAUCUCUUUGGGAAAAAAGUCUGUUGAUGACAGAGACAACUAUAUGCCCCUGACUCUCAACCCGGUGUUCGGAAGAAUGUUUGAAAUUACAUGCUUCCUCCCUCAAGACAAAGACUUGAAAAUUGCAGUCUAUGACUUUGAUCUGCUAAGCCGUGAUGAGAAAGUUGGGGAAACAGUGAUUGACUUGGAAAACCGGUUCCUUUCUCACUUUGGAUCCAACUGUGGUUUAGCCCAGACAUACUGCAUAUCUGGGCCAAAUCAGUGGCGUGAUCAGCUCAAACCAUCUCAGAUUCUUGAGCAUCAUGCUCGUUGGAAAGGAUUGAGUCCUCCUCGGAGUGAAGACAAUGGCAACACUUUAUCCUUUAAUGGCCAACUGUAUAGUCUCUCUGACUUUGAAGCAAACAAGGAAAUUCAUGAACACCUGGGACCUCCAAGUGAACGGAUUGCUCUGCAUGUCCUCAGAACUCAAGGACUGGUUCCAGAGCAUGUUGAAACCAGAACUCUAUACAGUAGCUUCCAGCCGACUCUCCCGCAGGGAAAACUACAGAUGUGGGUUGACAUUUUCCCAAAAAGCUUAGGGGCUCCUGGACCACCUUUUGACAUAUCUCCACGCAAAGCAAAAAAGUACUUCCUACGCGUCAUUGUUUGGAACACAACUGAUGUAGUCUUGGACGAAAAAAGUAUUACUGGAGAAAAUAUGAGUGACAUCUAUGUCAAGGGUUGGAUGCAAGGAAUGGAGGAAGAUAAGCAGAAAACGGAUGUUCAUUACCGAUCUUUAGAUGGCGAUGGGAAUUUUAACUGGAGAUUUGUUUUUGGAUUUGAUUAUCUGCCCACGGAGCAGCUGUGUCACAUAUCGAAAAAGGAACAUUUUUGGAGUCUUGACAAAUCAGAGUUCAGAAUACCACCCAAGCUGACUGUUCAAAUAUGGGACAAUGAUAAAUUCUCACUGGAUGAUUAUCUGGGUGCUGUUGAACUUGAUCUGCACCACCUUAUUAGCCCUUCUAAAUCAUCAGAGAAAUGUAGCCUUAGCAUGUUGCCGGAUGGACCUGCACAUCCAAAAUCAGACCAAUACAAAUCUCUCUUUGAUCAGAAGUCAGUAAGAGGAUGGUGGCCGUGCUACAUGGAAAAAGACGGGAAGAAGGAGCUUGGUGGAAAGGUUGAGUUGACUUUGGAGAUUGUGAACGAGAAGGAAGCAGAUGAGAGGCCUGCUGGAAAAGGCAGAGAUGAGCCCAAUAUGAACCCGAAACUGGAUCCUCCCAAGCGACCUGAAACCUCUUUCUUCUGGUUCACAAAUCCAUGCAAGACGUGCAAGUUCAUAGUGUGGCGAAGAUUUAAGUGGCUGUUCAUCGGCCUGGUUGUGCUCAUCUUAGUGCUGCUGUUCCUUGGGAUCUUGUUUUAUUCAUUACCGAACUACAUUUCAAUGAAGAUCGUCAAACCCUUCAGUUGAGCUAAGGGAUGAUAUCAAGGGAGGAUGUUAACCUCUUGCCGUUUUUAUCCAUGUUUUUGGCAUGAUUUGGGUUCUUCCACGCAUCUCGAUACAUAACAGAAAUGGUUUGUUUUGUUUGUGUUGUUAAUCACAUGCACAUCCUUCGAUACAGUGUUCAUUUUGUUGUGUCCUGUUACAUUUGGUUCUUUAGACGUUUGCCAUUAAUCACAUUUUGCACCAAUAUUAAUCAUAAAUCUUCACUUUUGUGGUUCAGGUUUUACUAAAAUUUAGACACAUUUGGACACAAACCAUGAAGUUUUUUGUGAAAAAAAAUAUUUUAUAGUAUUAUAACCUCAGAUCAUUUUAAAGUUUGUUAGUUAAAAUAAAAUAUGAAAUUGUUGAAUAAAGAUAUUAACAUGUUUGAUUUAAAA